AUGUUCAAUGGUUUCUUCAUACUGAAUCUGUAUAUCAGGAGGUACUUAUCAUCUACAGAAGGAAUGGCCGACGAUCUAAACACAGGAUUAUCCCAACAAAUUGGGGUAUUGGGGAUUAAGAAAGUUCGAGGGAGCAGAGGCAAAGGCAGGGGCAGAGACAGAGUUUCUCACAGUCAAAUCCCAACUGUUUCCAAAGAAAUUAAAGAAGUUCGAGUUGAGCAAGUUUCAACAGGAGAUUUCGCUCCACGAGAUGGGAUUCUUCUCACAAUUCAUGACAAAAACAGCGAUAAAGAUUCAGACAAAGUUUUGGUUCAUCUUGGAAUGGGAAAAUUGAAAAAUGGAGAUAACGCCAGCAGUCAAGGUUCAUUUCAUCAUACUGAUAGAGAUGUCUGUGGAUCGCAAUCGGGAGAAGAUGGGGGUUCGGGUAAAUUUUUGUAUAAACCUUCAUCUUCUUCCUCUCAUCCAAUCAGUGCACCUUCUCCACUCAUCGGUCUCCCUGAAUUUUCCCACUUGGGUUGGGGCCAUUGGUUUACCUUACGCGAUCUUGAACUUGCAACAAAUAGAUUCUCAAAGGAGAAUGUUCUUGGAGAGGGUGGUUAUGGUAUUGUUUAUCGGGGAACAUUGGUUAACCGGAAUCCAGUGGCAGUCAAGAAACUCCUCAAUAACGUGGGUCAAGCUGAGAAGGAAUUCAGAGUGGAGGUUGAAGCUAUUGGUCAUGUCCGCCAUAAAAAUUUGGUCCGUUUAUUGGGUUAUUGCAUCGAGGGAACUCAUAGGAUGUUGGUCUACGAAUAUGUCAACAACGGGAAUUUAGAACAAUGGCUUCAUGGAGCUAUGCGUCAGCAUGGAUAUCUUACUUGGGAAGCGAGGAUGAAGGUUCUUUUAGGGACAGCUAAGGCCCUUGCCUAUUUGCAUGAAGCAAUUGAGCCAAAAGUUGUACACCGAGACAUAAAGUCAAGUAACAUAUUGAUAGAUGAUGAUUUCAAUGCAAAGGUGUCUGAUUUUGGCCUUGCAAAACUUCUUGGUGCUGGAAAAAGUCACAUCACGACUCGAGUUAUGGGUACAUUUGGUUAUGUGGCUCCUGAAUAUGCAAAUACUGGGCUAUUGAAUGAAAAGAGUGAUGUUUAUAGCUUUGGAGUUGUACUUUUGGAAGCAGUUACUGGAAGAGACCCCGUUGACUAUGGUCGCCCUGCCCAAGAGGUAAACCUUGUGGAUUGGCUAAAAAUGAUGGUUGGAAGCCGGAGAUCAGAGGAAGUGGUGGACCCCACGAUUGAUACAAAGCCAUCUACAAGAGCCCUAAAAAGAGCACUUUUAACGGCUCUAAGAUGUGUUGAUCCCGACUCUGACAAGAGACCCAAAAUGAGCCAAGUUGUACGUAUGCUCGAGUCCGAGGAAUAUCCCUUACCCAGAGAGGAUCGAAGGCGUAGAUCUCAAGCAGGUAGUACGGAAAUAGAAUCACACAGAGAAAACUACGAUACUGAUAAGAGCGACAAUCCAGACCAACGAUCAGACAGCAAGAGAAACUUGAGAGUAUAACUUUAUAUCUUUAUUAUUAUUAAUUUUUUUAAAAUUCUUUUGAUAUUGAGGAAGUAAUGACCAAUGUGGAAGGGUGAUUUGUGUUAUAUUUUUAUGCAUUUGAAAAAAUAUAUAUAUUUUCGAUAGAGGGAGUGUUGAUUGUUAUUAUGUAAGUAAGAAAAAAGUUAUGGAAGACGGAAAUUGUUGGGGGUGUGUAGUAGGGGGAUUUAGCUGUGUACAGUUUUGGGGGAGAUCGGAUGUUACUUGUUUAUUUGAUUUGCUAAAAAUAUUAUCCUACCGAGUGUUUAUUAACAUUUGUUGUUAAAAUCGGUAAGUUGCAUCAACCUACGCCUAGUUUGUAAUGCAUUGAAAGCAUAAUAGUUUGUAUUGUUUGGGUAUGGAACUCAGAUUGAGAUUAUGUCAGUAGG